AUCUCCCCCCCCAAGUUUUCAAAUUUCAAUACUUCUCCUCCUUUUAAUUUAUCUCUUCUUUAAUUUAGGGUCAGGUGCUGCUGCUGCCUUUGUUAAGCCUCCGUCCCCACUCAACAGGGAUCAUCAUCGCUCAGCGACGAUCCCUUUUCAGAUUAUUUGGGAGGCAAAAGCUUCCAACUUGAGAUGGCUUCUGUUCAGCAUACUUUGGCCUCCUCAACUGUGGGCAAGAAUCUGAACAACUCUUCUCCGAUCAAAUUUCCCAGCAGUUCUUCCCUGCCCUGUGCUCAUAUUUCUGGUUUGGGAAGAAAGUUUGUUUGUCUCAGUUCUUUUUCAGGCCCAAAAGUGGCCAGUAAUGGCGAGAAACCCAAGCAAAGGAAGCAUACUGUCGACCCCAAUGCCCCAAACUUUCUUCCCCUCCCAUCGUUUGAAGAGUGCUUCCCGAAGAGCUCAAAAGAGCACAAGGUGAUUGUUGAUGGGCAAUCUGGUCAUGUUCUCCAAGUCCCAUUUCGGCGCAUCCACCUUACAGGAGAUAAUCCUCAUUUUGACACUUACGAUACCAGCGGUCCCCAGGGCAUUAACCCGCGCGCCGGACUCCCCAAGUUGCGCAAGGAGUGGAUUGAUAGAAGGGAGAAGAUGGGUGGGCCGAGGUACACUCAAAUGUUCUAUGCAAAACAAGGAAUCAUAACUGAGGAGAUGACAUUUUGUGCUGCCCGUGAGAAACUCGACCCGGAGUUUGUGCGGUCCGAGGUUGCCCGUGGGCGUGCAAUCAUUCCUUCAAACAAAAAGCACUUAGAGUUGGAGCCAAUGGUUGUAGGAAGGAAAUUCUUGGUCAAAGUCAAUGCCAACAUCGGGAAUUCAGCUGUCGUUAGUUCCAUUGAGGAAGAAGUGCAGAAACUGCAAUGGGCAACGAUUUGGGGUGCAGAUACUAUCAUGGACCUCUCCACGGGGCAUCACAUCCACGAGACACGCGAAUGGAUCUUGCGCAACUCCGCGGUCCCCGUGGGGACCGUGCCGAUCUACCAAGCAUUGGAAAAAGUUGGUGGGGUCGCCGAGAAGCUUUCUUGGGAAGUUUUUAGAGACACAUUGAUCGAACAAGCCGAGCAAGGGGUUGAUUAUUUCACCAUCCAUGCCGGUGUCUUGCUCCGGUACAUUCCCUUGACUGCAAAGCGAAUGACUGGGAUUGUUUCCCGCGGAGGCUCCAUACAUGCAAAGUGGUGCUUAGCCUAUCACAAGGAGAAUUUCGCUUAUGAGCAUUGGGAUGACAUAUUAGAUAUAUGCAAUCAAUAUGAUGUAUCUUUAUCCAUUGGUGAUGGGCUGAGACCGGGAUCCAUUUAUGAUGCAAAUGACAGCGCUCAAUUUGCCGAGCUCUUAACUCAAGGAGAAUUGACGCGCAGAGCUUGGGAAAAGGAUGUGCAGGUAAUGAAUGAAGGACCUGGACACAUCCCAAUGCACAAGAUUCCAGAAAACAUGCAGAAACAGUUGGAGUGGUGUAACGAAGCACCUUUCUACACCCUUGGACCACUCACCACUGACAUAGCACCCGGAUACGACCACAUAACCUCAGCCAUAGGCGCAGCCAAUAUAGGAUCGCUCGGCACCGCUCUCCUUUGUUAUGUCACUCCCAAAGAGCAUCUCGGCUUGCCAAAUCGGGACGACGUGAAAACGGGAGUUAUAUCAUAUAAGAUAUCUGCGCAUGCUGCGGAUCUAGCAAAAGGUCACCCUCAUGCACAAGCUUGGGAUGAUGCUAUAAGCAAGGCGAGGUUUGAGUUCAGGUGGAUGGACCAAUUUGCUUUGUCGCUUGACCCUGUCACAGCCAUGGCCUUCCACGAUGAAACUCUCCCAUCAGACGGUUCUAAAGUGGCACAUUUCUGCUCCAUGUGUGGGCCGAAGUUCUGUUCUAUGAAGAUCACUGAGGAUAUAAGGAAGUAUGCCGAGGAACACGGGUAUGGAAAUGCAGAGGAAGCUAUCCAGCAUGGGAUGGAUGCUAUGAGUGCACAGUUCCAAGCUGCAAAGACAACUGUGAGUGGGGAACAACACGGUGAGGUUGGAGGGGAAAUCUAUCUCCCAACCAGUUACAUUGACUCUUUGAAGAUCUAAAUGAGGAUAAAGAUAUAUGCUGAAAGAACAGGUUUUGAGCUUCUGCUGCAAUACUAGCCAUUCAAACAAGGCUCAAGAUCUUAAUCCCUUCAUGGGGUGUCUGUAUCAGCCAGGGUGACGUGGCUGAACAGGCUGAGAAAGUCCCUUUGAACCUGAACAGGAUAAUGCCUGCGUAGGGAGCGUGCUUUUUUUUUUGUUUUGUUUUUUUUGACAGGGAUAUGGACAACGUACUUGAGAGGCUACAACCACUGGCUUGCCCCUCAUAUUUUAGUCUACCCUCUUGUGGGAUGACUGAGAUCACAGUUGCACCGAGCUAAGCAAUAUUCCCAUCAAACUAAAAUGUCACUUCUAUCAGGGAAGGCACAGCCAACUAUUCUUCCAUGGCUUCAAGAAGAACUUCACUUCUAUGCACAUAGGAGUGGGAUGUGAGUAAUUGUGUAGUGGCUUUUUUUUUCUUUAUUUUUGUGUGGUUGGUCAUUCAUUAGCCGCUUUAUUCUAUGUUAAUUUUUUGUUUUGUUUAUUGCAAUGGCUUUUGUAUCCUGUCGUGUAGGUGGUUUUUGUUGUUGUUGUAAUGCAGUAUCAGAGUUCAUCUUCUCAUUUGCCCAAUCACGGAGUAUUCAUCUGCCAUAGGGGUUGGGCCUUGAGUAUGGAUUGAGCCUUGAGCAGAUGAACUCCGAUACUCCACGGCAGCUUGAAAACAACCAACAACUUAGGAUACAAAAGACAUUGUAGUACACAGAAUUUAAAAGAAAAUAACACAAAAUAAAGUGGUGGAUGAAUAACCAACAUUAAAAAAAUACUACGCAAUUACUUAAAUCUCACUUCUAUAUGCAUAAAGUCAUGUUCUCUUCAACUUAUUCUUAUUACUUACUCCUUCCGUUCUUAAAAACACUUUAUCUUUCAUUUUUUUCACUUCCAACAAAACACUUCCACUUUCAUUUAAAAAACCACUUUUACCCUUACUUUUUCAUACCCUACCUAUCACAUCAUACUUUUUUUUAAAUAAUUUAUCUAUCACAUCUUAUUUUUACAUAUCACAUCUUAAUUUUACACAUCACAUCAAAGACAAAAUUGAAAGUCAACUACAUUUUAACACUUCCUUAUUUUUACACUGGGUCAAAAUAGAGAUUCUUUUUUAGA